AUGCAGGGAAGCACCUCUAGCACCUCUAUGUCAGUUUCACAAGAUGAUCUGGAAAGCAAAAAAAGUGGGUCUUCUGAAUAUCAAAUGGAUAAUAUCAUGGAAAGUGCUCGUGUUUCUAACUUCAAGGCCAAAAAGUGUUCAGCAUCAAUGGGAACUGUGUCAUGUGUGAUUGGAAGAGAAUAUUCUCGACAUAGGUCUGUACCUAAUGAAUCAUGCAAGAAGACCAAACCACUGAAAUUGAAUUCAAAAGAUUUUCCGGUCUCUGAAAUUUGGGAUGAGAACGUGGAAUCAGAUUCCCCAGCAAGGAGUGAAACCAUGCAUCAUGACAUCGAACAAUUUCUUUUCAAAAUGCUUGGAGAUGGCUUUCAGCUCAAAAUGGAUGUAAUUCAAGAUGUCGUUGGCCAGUGUGGAUACGACAUGAAAACGAGCAUGGAUAAGCUUCUCGACCUCUCAGCAUCAACGUUAGGGAAGAAAGACGAUAUUAUUGGCAUUGAUGCUUGUAAGCAUAUGAGGAAUAAUUCAGAGCUAGAAGAUGUUCCAUUUAAAGGACAACCAUCAAACGUCGACUUCUGUGAAAGAUCGAAUGCUGAUAUCACAACUGGAAGGGAAUUAAGAUUACCAAGAAGAGAGAAGGAAAAGCAAGAUCUCCAAAAAGAAGUUCUUCAGGCACUAUUUAGUGCACCUGAAAGAAUUGAAGAGAAGCCAGAGAGAAUUCAACCAAUCAGAGGAGACAGGCAAAGGACAAAUUAUGGACGGUUUGUGGCGAAACCACUAGAAGAGACAAGUUUAGAAAAUAUUACCUUUAUUACAAGACGACAAGUUAGUGAAAGGAGUGAUGAUAAUGGUGAGAAUAGCUAUGAGGACUUGCGUGAGGCUGUGAAGGAGCAUUGGGUUACAAUGAAAGAAUACUAUAAAGCUGCUGUUGAUGCAUUCACUGAAAAGGAUCAUGAGAAAUCACAGAAGUUUCUGCAAGAGGGACACUUUUUUAUGAAGAAGGCCCGAGAAGCUGACGAAACAUCUGCGGCAAAACUUCUUGAGAACAGUUGCACAGAAGAAGAAUUUUCUCUUAAUGUGCAUUUAUUUGAACCAAAGGAAGCUGUUCGCAUGCUGAGACUUCACUUGUCUACUUUUUCGGGUCUUCCAUCUGUUCAGCAUCUCAAGGUUAUAGUUGGGACCAAUGAAAAAGAUGCCAAAGAAGGGCUUCGGAAGAGAAUGAUUAUCAAGCUUUUGACCCGGGAGUCUAUACCAUUUACUGAGGAUGAGAGUGGAAAGAUGGUUGCAAUCCGGGUUGAUGAGAUUAAUCCAGAGAAACUAAGUUUUGCUAAAAAAUAUUAA